AUUUACAGAUCGACAAGACGAGAAAAAUAUCGAGAAAUGCCAAGAUUUCUAGGAAAAGAUUAUUUUAAAGAAAUUUCAAUCCAUCACCAAAAUUUGUUUAGUGAAAGGUUACUACCUCAAGUGAACUUUUUAGAAAAGACUAUCAGUUACCCGCAUCAAAAUAUUUUAGAUGACGAUUCAUAUAGAAUGCCUUGGAAACAUGUGCAAUCAGUUCCAUUAGAUAUAGAUGAAGAAUCAAUGAAUAAUGAAUCGUCAUUAACAUUUCAAGCGAUGAUUGAAAAAGAAACAUACAGUAUUGGUAGCAGACCUGUAUAUAAAGACCGUGGUGGACUUAUUACAUACCAGACAACUAUUAACAUGUUAAUCCAAAUUAUGAAGCAUAUGAUACAAGAAAGAAUUAGUCACAGUGAAUACCAAAUUCCUGAAGCAGUAGUUUUAGAAUCUUUUGACAAAAAGAAUAUUGAUUAUAUUUUGUAUAACUUUGAAAACAGAAGAAAGAAAUUAGAUCCUUUUCCUUUUGAAAAUAUCUUAUUUAAUAAUAAAGAUGAUUUAUUGACAGAUUAUUUUAUUUUUGAACAUAAAAUUAGUACAACAAACAUGAAAAUUGAACAAAGAAGACUGACAAACCAUGUGCAGUUGAUUGAAUUACCAGAUUUAUUACCAGAUUUUGUUGAAGGUCUUCAGAGCUUCAGUUUAGAAAAUUCAUCAGAUUUAAUGGUCUCCACUAAUAAAAAUAGUUUAAAAAUGAAUGAAGUGAAUGCAAAUGAAAAUUUAAGAGAUAUAUAUUUUAAGUUGAAUUUUAAUGAAUCACACAUCAGUGACUGUGAUAUUGUUGGAAUAAAUAUCUUUAAUGAAUCUACAAAUGAAAAUGAAUCUACUACAAGUAUUUGUGAAGAAAAUGAAACAGGUGACAUUAAUGAAAAACAAGUAAUAAACAAAGAAUUAAUUUUAAAUAAAGAUAUAAAAGGUCCAAUUGAUGAAAAAAUAUUUCAUGCUAAUGAAAAUCAAGAAUUAGUCAUAUCUGAUCUUAUUAUAAGCUUAAAAGAUGAUAUUGAUCAGGUAUUAUGUACUUCAAAUAGCAAUAAAUCAAAGAGUUUAAACAAAAAAUAUAUUAAUCAAAAAUCAAUUAUAUCUGAAGACUAUCAACUUUUUUAUGACAAUAAAGGAAAAGAACAAAUUAUUAAAAUAAAAAUUUCAGGAGGAUAUAAACAUACUUAUGAUUACAUUCAAAAAUGUAUUGAAAAUUUAAUAGAAGAAUCAUUUGAAUACAGAAAUGGGAUGUUAAUAAUGAAGAAAAGAAAUAGAUUACUACAUACAGUUGAUCAAUCAUUUUCAAAUAAUGAUAGCUCUUUUGAUAAAAUUGGAUUAAUAGAUCCAGAUUCAGAAGAAAUUUAUUAUACAUUACUUUCCUUACAUAGUUUAAUCAAAUGUAAAGAAUAUUUAAUACAUUAUCACAUAUCUGUUGCAUUGGAUUAUAUUGAGAAAUGUAUUUUAUGUGAGCCUUUAAAAAAAAAUCUUAAUAAUGUAUUCAAAGAUUUAUCUAAAAUUAAAUUUAAUAUGGAAACAUCAAAUUGCUUACAUCCAAAAAUGUUAGCACUAUAUAAAUAUUUGAUAAGAGAACUACAUUUAAAGAAUAGGCAGUUUCAGCUUCUAAUAAUUGUAAAAAAUUAUUCUCAUAUAAUUUGUCCAAUAAUUAAAGAAGUGCUGAAAAAAGUGAUUCAAACUGAUAUUAAAAUAUUUUUAAACGAAAAUAUAGUAUUAAAAACAAGAUCUGAAUAUGCUACAAUAAUCAUUUCUAACAUGAUAACUGACAAGACACCUUUAUGCCAUUUUACUAUGAUCAUUGAAUAUGAUUCAUGUAAAUCUUUUAGAGAAACAUACUAUAAAAAUUAUGAACUUGUUUAUAUAAGAUUUGAUGUUGAAUUAAGUCCUGAUGAAAUGACACUGAAUAAAAUUGGAAGUGAAGAUGACCAGUCUUUUACAGUGAUUGGAUCUACUAAAAUAACUAAAGACUUGGCUCUUCUGAGAAUAUUGGAAAUCAGUUAUAAUAUGACUCUUAUUGAAAGAGAUUAUCAGAAGUUCAAUAAUUUGUCAAGUGAAGAAACUCUAUAUUUUGUUGAUAUUAUAGUAGAUGAAAAAACAGGCAUUUUUAUUGAAAAUUAUAAAUUAAUGACAAAGGUUUAUCUUGAACAACUCAGUAUAAAAAUUAAAUGUUUAAGUUUAAAAUAUGAAACAUGUUGGUUAAUAAUAGCAGCAAGUGAAGCUGAUCCAAAAACCAUGCGUCACAUUUGCAAGAUUUUAUCACUGAGAAACACAAAUGGAUUUAAAUUAGAGAUACUUCAGGCUCACGACAUUAAUGAAGUGGCCAAAUUAAUUUUCCAAAUAUGCGAACAAACGCUUACAAAAACAACUUCUGAAGACAAUAUAUUAAAUCCUUCUUGGUUUUCUCCAGUUAUGACUAAAGAGGAAGAAUUUUUAUUAUCAUUACCAUGCAUGAAUUCGUAUUGUGCUCAAGAAAUGUUAUCAUGCUUGUCAUUGAAUGAAUUGUUAACAUUGACUUGGACUGAACUUAAAUCCCAGUUUAAUAAAAUUCCUGACAAAGUAUUAAAGUUAUUUUAUCAUUUAGCUAGUCAGCCGGCUGUUUUGAAUGAAUCUGGUCUUUUAUCCACAUCUUUGGAAUCUAAAAAUGAGAAUAAUGAGAUGUUAUCACCUUCCUUAAAUCACUCUUCAGAUACAGCUAUUGAUAUACUGAGCAAAUCAAGCUUUGAUACAAAUUUAGAAAUGAACUCUUUAUUCAAUUUUGAUAAAAGUCCCGAGGAUUACACUUUAGAAUUUAAGCGUUAUUCAUUAGAUGAUGAAUCACAUGAAGAAAUAAACAAUUCAAAAAAGCCUGAAUUUAGUAGAUAUGACAUUUCAUAUUUUGGAAAGCAUAGCAAAGUAAUACGAAAAAAUGAAAUAGAACCACCACUUAAAAAACAUAAAUUUAAUCAAGAAGUUGAACAAGAAAAGAAAAAUGAUUCAUAUCUUUCUACUUGUAGUAUUAAUAACAUUAAUCAAUUGAUAAUUCUAAAUAAAAAAUUUUGCAAAGAUUCUGAUGUUGGAAAGAUGAUAAAGAACUCAGAUAUUUUGGCUAGUGCAUAUUCUAUGAAGAAAAACUUAAAUCCACUGUAUUCAAAUGAUUUCAAUAAUUUUAAAACUCUUGAAAAGAACUCAAAUAUAAAAAGCAGUUUCAAUCAAAGAACAAUAGGAAUAGCACAUCCAUUUGUACAUAAUGAUAAAAGUGAAGGUAAAUAG